AUGGCGGAGGGGCCAGACGAUUUUGACAGAAAAAACCCGAUAGGUAUAUUUCAAGAUAUUGAACAUGAGAUAAAAUGCUGUAGCUGCGACAAGCACUUUGUUUAUCCUGUAUACCUACCUUGUGGUCACACGAUUUGUAAAUCAUGCGUAAAACGUCAAAGACCAGUUGGAAAAUGUUCAAUAUGCAAAGAAAUGUUCAACGUGAAGGCACAUACGUUCCCUCGUAACCCUCUUUUCGAAAGACUAGCAUCUAUUGUUAGAUGUAGGAAAUACCUCGAUAAACUGAAAAGAAAUCCUUAUUGUAACUUUGAUGAUGAUCAUGUCGAGAAUGUUUCAGCUUUAAUGUAUUGCGCAAAUUGCAAAUUAAGACUUUGUCAGACGUGUAAACAUUUGCAUGACAAAGUACCUGAAGCUCGGAAGCAUGAGGUGUAUCUUUCUGGAAUUAAUUUUGAAGAAAGUGAAUACUUUAGCAAAAUUUCAAAAUGUGAAUUCCACAUUGGUUACGAAAUUACAAAAUGGUGCUCAGACUGUCGAUUAACAGCAUGUUCAGAAUGUUGCCCGUGUGACCAUCAGCUGAUCGAUAUUUCAAAAGCAGCUAGAUCUGCAGAGAGAGAAAUAAAACAGAUGCAGACAAGGUAUAAAGAAGCCAUGUCUAUUGUUAAAACACAGCAGGAGAAUGUGAAAGGGCAUGAGAAAACCCUUGGAUGGAUAUUAAGAUAUAACGUUAUCAAGAGCUCAAUUGGAGAUGUGCAUAAUCAAACAUUUUACCUUCUCUAUGAAAUAAAUUUACUUCUAUUAUUUGGGGGAGAUGCAGACAAGCUUAUCGCACUACCGUGUCUAUUGAAACAACAAUACUUCAUACAAAAAACAACAAAAAACAUCCAAACGAGGCCUGUUUCUGAUUUGUCGUCCAAUGAUCGAUCGUCAUUAACAGAUUCCGAUUCUUCAAGAUCUCCUAGCUUAGAAAUAAGGGACUCUCCAGAAAGGAAAGAAACGAGUAAUAUAUAUUACAACGAAGAGGAUUAUGCAGACACCUCGGUAUAUAUGAGGAAUCCGACUAACAAGGAUACAAAAGAAAUCACUAAAAAGAUUUGUCAGUUUGAUACGGAAUCAAGAAUUACAGGAAUGAUUGUGUUGGGUGAUAUCAUCGUUAUAGCAAGUCAAAGUGCUGGAGAGUGUACAGGAUAUGGAACACAAGGAGACCGGAUGUGGAGAAUCAGUGAAAAACUAGACGGACCAUUUGACUUAGACUCGUACCAAGCAAACAAUGACAAACAAUUGCUCUUUAUUUCUGACCCCGGGAAAAGAGAGGAAUCUGCAAGUGCAGUAAGAGUAUAUAAACAAGGGAAAAACAACAGAUAUACCUAUUUAACGUGUUUUACAAAAGAAUGCAUUCGCCCUAAAGGAAUUUCUGCAUUUGCUGGAAGAGUGUACCUCUGUGAGCCUCAGAGGAAAGAAGUCACAGAAUAUCAGAUAUGCGAUAAUUUUACCGGAAAAAUUGUAAAAAGAUAUAAUGAAGAAGGAAUGCUUAAGGAACCAAUGUACAUUACAGCCCAAGUUGUAAAUGAUCGAUUAUUUUUGUUGGUGUCUGAUAAACAUAUGGGUCUGAAACGAUUGCUUAAAGGGGAGGAGGGAAACACACAUUCAGGAUGGUCAGUUACCAAGGAAAAAAUAUUCACCCCUUCAAAGUGUUUUGUCAACGAAAGUACAAGCAAUAAGGAAGUGAUUGUUGGCAAUACGACCGGACGAAAGUUACACCUCAUAAACUUUGAACCUCGUCAGAUUAGCCAUAAAGAUUACAACUUGGAUGAUUCCUGUAGUGGUCCCGUUGCAGUCUUAAUGAAUGAACAAGGCCAGGUUGUAGUAGGUUGUAAAGAUGGGACUGUUACUAUUUUUGAAGUGGUCGAAGUGAAGGAAAUGAGAAGUAUUAACUCGACUGCAGCGGACGAUGGAGAAAAUAUAUAUGAACUCGGAUAAAUACAUAUACAUGUAUAAGAACAGUCCACAUGUAUUUUUGUAUGUCAUAACUAUGUAUGAAAUUGGUGUUCAAUACACUUUUUAAUGAGAUGAUGAUGAUUAAUUUUAAAGACUUGAUAAUUUUGAUACAUUUAUUAUA